AUGAAAAAAAAGUGUGUGGAAUCCAAUAACAGCGAUGCUAGAAACAUCAAUGAUGUUCUAUACUACGAGUUGUUGGUGAAUAUUUUCAUGGCCCUUAAUGUUGUUGAGCUUGCAACAGUAUCAAGAGCGUGUAAAAUUUGGCGUGAAGCUCGUAGUGACCCUAAACUUUGGCAUAAGCUUGACCUUAGUGUACUCUGCUAUAAGCCUUUUAACAUACCCAAGAUUCUAGGAUCUUGGAACCUUGAAGAUUCAAGUGAAAGAAUGACUAAAAUCUUGAGAGGAAUCUUAACUCAAAGCGAAAUAGGACACAUUCGCUGUUUUGUGUUUAAUUUCUAUGCUUACAUAAAGGACAAACACUUGCUCCUUGUUGCCGAAAGGACUCCAAAUCUGAAAAGGUUAGUUCUACCUGCCUUGUGCAACUUAUCAAAAGAAACAAUUGAACAUGCAUUUAGUUUAUGGGGAGGGCUUGAAUCCAUCACAAUUACCCGCAUGACCAAUCAUGAUGAGAUUUUUUCAGCAAUUGGCAAAUACUGCAAAGGAAUCACCGAAUUGAAAAUCACUAGCUGCUUCGAAAUGGAUCAUGCUAGAGCCUUAAUCAAACACACCCCAAAUCUCAAGUUCUUGAGCAUUCAAUCCAUAAUAGUGAACUUUAAAGCAUUGUGCUGUGUGCUUGAGAACUUGAAGUAUUUGGAGACUGUUAACCUCUGCCACAGUCUCAUCAUGGACAAGCCUGACCCAUCAACCCAGCUUGUUUUGUACACUUUUCGCCAAUUGCAACAUCAAUGGCCGAUCCAUCAUUUGAGAAAGGUUCUCUUUUGUCUAAGUAAAAGGUGUGUCAUAUGCAAGAAUAAGAUCGGUGAAAACUAUCUGAUGAAGAAGCCAUAUGAAGUCUUUGAGGAUCUUUGGCGUCAAGAUGAUAUAACAUCUCUAGCACAUUAUUGA